AUGGCUAAGCAUCACCCUGAUCUUAUAUUUUGCCGAAAACAACCCGGCGUCGCGAUUGGACGUUUGUGUGAGAAAUGUGACGGUAAAUGUGUCAUUUGCGAUUCUUACGUGCGUCCAUGCACUUUGGUAAGGAUAUGUGAUGAGUGUAACUACGGAUCGUAUCAAGGAAGAUGUGUAAUUUGUGGAGGCCCAGGUGUUUCAGAUGCAUAUUACUGCAAAGAAUGCACCAUUCAAGAAAAAGAUAGAGAUGGAUGUCCAAAAAUUGUAAACCUCGGAAGUUCUAAGACAGAUCUAUUCUAUGAAAGAAAGAAGUAUGGCUUUAGAAGACACUAG